GGAGGCCCGGCGGCCCGCGCCCCUAGCCACUGCUUGCCCGCCCCAGAGCUUGGUGCCACCGCUGUCGCCGUCGCUGCGCCCUGCCCGCUUGCUCGCUUCCCCUUGUCCAGGGGGAAAGGUCAGCAGCGUCCUGGAGCCUCCGUGUCACUCCCCGACAGCCAUGAACUGCAGCGAGAGCCAACGGCUGCGAACCCUGUUGAGCCGCCUGCUGCUUGAGCUGCACCAUCGGGGCAACGCCAGCGGCCUGGGCGCCGGCCCUGGCCCGAGCAUGGGCAUGGGGGUCGUGCCUGAUCCUUUCGUGGGCCGCGAGGUGACCAGCGCCAAGGGCGACGACGCCUAUCUCUACAUCCUGCUCAUCAUGAUUUUCUAUGCCUGCCUGGCUGGAGGCCUCAUCCUGGCCUACACCCGCUCCCGAAAGCUCGUCGAGGCCAAGGAUGAACCAUCUCAGGCCUGCGCCGAGCACGAAUGGGCUCCGGGAGGCAUCCCGGCCGCGGAUGCUGAGACUGCCACCGGACCGCCCGAAGGCCGCCUCCAGCUCGCCCCAGAGGCACUGCCUGCCCUCGCCCAGGGCGCUGAGCGGGUCUAGAAUCACAGCCUCAGCUCCCUCGCUUGCUCGCGUCCUCCUCAUCUCUGCUUAUCCCUGGGCGCGGCUCUUGUCCUCUCCUCCCCUUGCAGGGCUCACCUCACCUGAGGCCCAGAUAAGAGGUCAGGAGACCUUGUCUGGAAGGCUCUGGAAGGAGAAGCAUCGCCUUACUCCCUCCUGGCUAGUUUCUCCCUCCUCCCGCUGCCCUCCAUACCCACCCUGCACCUCCAACUGCACUAAACUGCCUCUGCUUUCUUGUCUUCAAACAGCCCUGACACCAUGCUCCAGCCCUCUGGGAACUGAAUCCAACACGUCCAACACUUGGCAUUGAAUCGAAGCAAUGAGGUCUAUCAAAACUCUGGGCCGUCUAACUGGCAGCUGCUCCAGGGACUGCUCACUCUGCAGAGCCAAUGGGCUUGCCAUCACUGCCAGGCUGGCUGCAGCAGCUUCAGCUUCCUGUUGCCUUAGGGACAGAGACAAAGAAAAUGAAGAGACCUCAGACAUCUUUUCCCUCCCUCUCUCUUUCAGCAAUGAGCUAGCUGGACACUAGGAUCAGUCUGGGGGAUAGAAUUGACUUUAUGGAGACUGAAGGGGGAGGGGAUAAAUGGGAUGGGACAGAUCUAUGACACCAAUUGUAUGGUUUUCUUGCCUCUCCAGUUUUCAUCCCAAAGGUAACUUGACUGAAUUUUAGUAGCUUUGCCAUCUGCAGCUGGGUGCAUCACCCCAGUACUUCCAGAUUCCUCCCCUGUAAUGACUUAGUUGUUAUUGCAGUGUCUGCUUCAUUCAUGGACCAUGAGGCUUAGAUGUCUCCUGUUCUGUAACCCUGGGGAAUGUCAGAGGCAGGAAAUAAAAGUUGUUUAAACAAUAA